AUGAAUUCAGACGAGUUCAGAAAGGCAGCGCAUGCUGCCAUUGAGGAGAUCAUUGCAUACAAUGAAAAUGUGGCAGAUUAUCCGGUUCUCCCCUCCAUCAAACCGGGAUUCCUCGCACCACAAUUGCCCAAAUCGGCACCGGAACAGCCUCAAGCAUGGUCCGAUAUCCAGCCUGAUAUUGCGUCGAAGAUUGUUCCCGGACUCACGCAUUGGCAAUCACCAAAGUUCAUGGCGUUCUUCCCAGCUGGAGUCACGUACCCAUCUAUGCUAGGGGAAAUGUACUCGGCCGCAUUCACAGCACCGGCGUUCAACUGGUUGUGCAGUCCUGCAUGUACAGAACUCGAGACAGUUGUCAUGGAUUGGCUGGCUCAAGCUUUCGACCUGCCUGAAGAAUUCCUAAGCACCUCACCGAAUGCCGGGGGUGGCACGAUACAGGGCUCUGCAUCAGAGGCGGUAGUGACUUGUAUGGUCGCCGCUAGGGAACGCUAUUUACAUGCCAAAUGCGACGCCGAAGGUCUGAAACCGGACUCGGAGGAGAGAGCAGAGAGAAUCGCAUUCCUUCGAGGACGACUGAUAGCUCUCUCUGCGGAUCAGACGCACUCGUCGACACAGAAGGGCUCACUGAUCGCGGGAACGAGAUAUCGCGCAAUCCCGACGAAACUUGAGAAUGGUCUGUCAUUGACUGGCCCAGAAUUGGAAGCUGCUUUGGAACAAUGCAAGAAAGAAGGCCUCGAACCAUAUUAUAUCACGUUGACGAUGGGUACGACUUCGACGUGCUCAACGGACGACUUUGAGAGCCUAGCUCCCGUGAUAAAGUCCAACCCCGAUCUCUGGGUCCACGUCGAUGCUGCAUACGCUGGUGCCGCUUUGGUAUGCCCAGAGUAUUCUUCGAAGUAUUCACGGUGGAUGAAGCUCGCCGACUCUUUCAACAUGAACAUGCACAAAUGGUUGCUGGUAAAUUUCGACGCUUCAUGUCUCUUUGUGCAAAACCGAAAUCAUCUUACCCGCGCUCUAUCAAUCGAGGCGGCUUACUAUGUGAACAAGCACACGGACAGUGGCCUGGUCACAGAUUAUCGUGACUGGCAAAUCCCACUUGGUCGACGCUUUCGAGCGCUGAAGAUCUGGUUCGUCAUGCGCACGUACGGUCUUGAAGGCAUGAGAGCGCAUAUCAGGAAGACUGUUGGCAUAGGUGAAGUGUUUGCCGACCUUGUUCGUGGACGUUCGGAUCUUUUUGAAAUUAUCGCAAAACCAGCAUUUGGCCUUACCUGUUUUAGAGUCAAGCCUUCACUGGUCUCGCCCCAGGGAUCGGCCGAAGCGAAUGGCGACGUCGCUCCCCAGGUCUCAGCAGAGCAACGGCGAGAACAAGAUGCGAAUACUGUGACCAAACACAUCGGUGAAUUGAUCAAUGAGCGUGGAGAGGUGUUCCUCACCUGCAGUAGUGCUGCGGGAAAAGCAUUUAUACGGGUUGUUAGUGGGAAUCCGAAUGCUGAGGAGAAAUACGUUAGGGCAGCGUUUGAUACGAUCGUCCAAACAACGGAAGAGGUACUUGCUGCUAGGGGUGGUAGAGCGAAUUCCAAAGCAUGA